AUGAAUAAUGAAAUUAAUACAUAUUUUCCUACUGAUACUGAUACAAUAACGACAACAGCAAUAACAACAAUUUCUGUUACUACUACAAUAAGUACUACUGGUAAUACCGAUAUUAAAACAUUUUCAAAUGUGAGCGAUCUAACACUAAGGAGUAAACGAACGGCAAAGAAAAUGCGAUAUGAACCAAUUGAAGCAGAUUGUAAUUGUAUUGGUAAAUCUGAUAUGGAAUGUUUUCGAUUCGAAUCGAUCCCACCAUCUGAUUAUGCCAGAUGUAUUUGUACAUAUGAUACUGAUUUGGACGUUGCUUGGCCAUGUUUCAAUAUAUCGUUAGUAACUUCUUUUUGA